AUGGCUCCCAACGUCGGCCUUGGAACUCAAGGCUCAGUUGAGCGUGGAUGGGGCCUCUGGCUCACCAGCGUCUUAGCCGUCAUUGUCGCGGGUCUCUUUGUCGCCGGACGCCUUGCACAGCGAUUGACCAAGCGAAGUGGUCUAGGAAUGGACGACUACAUGAUCGUCGCUGCCUUGAUAUCAUCGGUCGUGCUCUCUGUAACAGAGUGUCAAGCGGUAGUCUAUGGCUACGGAAGACCAUGGAAAUCCUUACCCGCCGAUUCCCGCAUCAUCGCUCGCCAAUGGUUCUACGGAGCAAACAUCGUCUACAAAGUCGUUCUGAUGUUCAACAAGAUCUCUGUAGUUUGUCUUUACUACCGAAUCUUCGCCAUAACCACCAAGUCGUUCCGUAUUGCUUGUCACAUCAUGAACGCUUGGAUCAUCAUCACCGGCUUCGCAUUCACUAUCGCGACCGUGUUCCAAUGCACACCAAUCGCGGCCUUCUGGGACAGGACCAUACCCGGUGCCCGGUGUUUUAAGAAUGAACCCUGGUGGAUCUCCUAUGCGACGGUUCAAAUCACGACCGACUUUAUGCUGCUUGCGAUGCCUUUUCGGCAGAUCUUGAGUCUUUCUAUGGGACGGGCUGAAAAGCUGGGCGUGGCGCUUGUGUUUGGCACUGGAGGCUUUGUCACUUUCGCGUCUAUAUAUCGUGCCACCACAAUCGCACGAUCCGCAAACAACCCCGAUCCAACCUGGGGUCCCGUACCCGCGACAAUAUGGUCGGUGAUAGAAGCAAAUGCGGGUAUCGUAUGUGCUUGCCUUCCUAUGCUGCGCGCUCCAUUCGUUCGCUUUUUCGGGCCACUUUUCGGCUCGGGCAUAGGGACCAAGAACACUACGAAGCGUCAAUCGUAUCCCAUGGGCUGGAAGAGCAACCAUGGGCCGGCUGGAACCGGCAACAAGAGCAACGUGUCUGGCAAAAGUGCCUCUGAGCGAGAGAGCGAAGAUGAUGCACUGCCAGCGAGUAGGCUGGGCGAGCUUGAUCGCCGGGGCAGUGGUAUAUUUGUCACGAACGAGUUCAGUAUUGAGCGCAACGAGCUACAAAAGCAAGAGACGGACACAAGGUCGUGCGACCAAGACGGCGAUACGAAUACGGCGGUGAGCGUCAAUGAAGAGAAGCCGGGGGGGAAGAGCCCAUUCUACCAUCUGGCGCGCGCGCUUCUGUGCUCUGCCAUCGACAUCUCUCGAGCUGAAGCCGCGACGAGCCCCGCCGACAUGACGACCAAGAGUACCACCGACUUUGUCGAAUCAACCGAGCCUGUCGGAGCCAAGACCAAGGCGCAGGUCCUCACCGACGUCUUCUCUCUCGCGACCCAGUUCAGCACUUGUGUUGAAGCUUUCAACCUCAUCCAUCCUUCCAAGGACCACGACCAUGCGCAGAAGGUUGCGCUUGCCAAGCUCGGCCUUCAGCAGGGCAGGUUGCUGAUCUUUGGCGAUGCCGUGGGCAUCUCUGCGCCGCCCGCGACGAUUGCUCGACACAUGAUCCCUAGCCAUCCGGGCAUCACGAACCCGGAUCCGCAUCUGCCAGUCAACUUUGGCGUCCGAGACCCGAGGCUUGACGACGAGGUUAUCAAUGCAAAGGUGCGCAGGGCCCUGCAUGAGAUCGCCGGCCGCCCUAGCACUAUGUCGCGCGAUGAACUGAUGAACGUAUACGGCCUGAAGAGUCCAAAGACGUUCUCGCGCCUGGAAUACCCAGCACUCGACACCAACCGACUGGAAGGCUUCCGCGAGAAGUUUGCCCUCCUCAAGGAUCUCCUCGCACAGACGGGCGCGCGGGCGACUCUAAAGCGCAACCUGAGCAUGACCACCUCGCAUUGGACCGUCAAGGACACCACGCGCUUCAGCGAGUACGUCAAGGUUGUCCGCACCGAAGUCGAUGCGCUCAUUGAUCUCAUGGGCGUCAAGGAGCAGGUUGACCGGGGAAUCCGAUCCGAUCUCAAGAGCAUGGGCUGGCACCCUGACCUCACAGGGCCAGCAGUGCGGCAAGACUGGGAGAAGCUGCGUCUGAUCCGGGAAGCCUGCGUCGUCGAUUAUCCAGAGUACAUCGAUGUCAUCGACAAAGCCAUGUCGUACAUCACCGAAGAAGUCAAGGAAUCCAAUCUCGCUCGAAACCGUGCUGUACUGGGUCUUUCAGAAUCCAAUGUGGAUGCAGCAGGCGCGCGCCGCAAGUCAGACUACGAUGUCCGCUCCAUUCCGGCUCCUUCGCCAGCCCACGUCGCCGGACUCAAGCCCUCAAAGCCAGAAGCAAAAUCCCACAUCCAGCUGGCUGCCGAACGUGCCCUGAAUCCAAACGCUGGCAAGGAAAAGCGCCCGGGUUGGCUCUCGGCUUUCAAAUUCAAGUCGUGGUCCAAGAGCAGCAAAACCGCACACGACAAGCAGCGCUCGAAAAGCGUUCCACAUACGCCGACCGUUGACCCCCAGCGCUCCCUCUCAGCAGGCGAGGCCCCAAAUCGCACCUCGGAAGACUCCAACACCCUCCAAGCCGUGCGCUCCAAGUCCCUUAGCGCAAUCCCCAGCGACAGCACACCACAGCCUCCGCCUUCAAAUCUAGACUCUCGCGUCCGCAAGCUCAGUCUAGAUCACGGAGAUAUGGCGGGUAUCCCGCCCAUCCAGGAGAAUGGCGGCGAAGUGACUAGUUUCCCAGCAAGAAGCGGGCUAGCUGAGUUCGACGACGAUAUGGACAAGAACGCGCUGGUGCAGGUGGACACGGCCAAGAGUGAGGGGAGCAAAGAUGAACUGGAGAAUGUCAAGACCGUGAAUAGUUACAUUGAUCGGCAUGAUAUGUAUCCAGCUAUAGGUCGCAUUGAAACCAAGGAUAUCAGGAAUGUUGCGCAUACGCCGGGUCUUUAA